UUUAGGAGCUGUUUCCAAAUCAACUAAAAAUCAAACAGAGAGUAGAUGCCAUAACCGCAUCAAUAUCUCACUUAACUCAUUGCGUUAAAAGACACACCUUUCCUCGCAAGAGAACUAAGAUCACAAAGUUUCUUCUCUUUUACUCGCUGUUUAAUUCAAUGGGUUUUAUUUUAAAAUUUCUGUUAUAGAAUUUUACUCUUAUGUGCAUGCAAAUGCAGCCUGGUAGGAGUCCCAGUGUGACGUUUGAAAGCUGAAGAAAUUGAAGUUGGUUGGUGAUGUAAUGAAUCUGGCAAAUAUGGCUCAAAAAUAGAUAAAACCGGGACAGGCAGAGAAGAAGAGAGAAAAAAAGUUGCUAAGAUUAAACAUUCCUUGAAAAAGACCAUGCAAUGUGAAUUGAGAUUCUCAAUCCUAAGUUUGUUGAUUGCAGACAAUGAUUACAACUGCCUAAAAGUUGGAUGGUCCUUGUGCUUUAUAGGAGCCCAACAGAACCUUCAUUGUCAAACUGUUUGAAUGUUGAUGCACUAGAUAGAAUAGAGAAGAAUAAGCGGUAGGGAGUUGAAGUAAAGAGGCCAAUAUCAUUGACGUUAGUCUCAUUGCAUUUAAUUUCCUAUUCAUGGUAUAAUUUCCAGCAUUUUUGGAGUGGGAAGCUGAGAGAUGGGGGCAGAUGGUAGUAGAGAGGAGCAAAUGCAAGAGCCAGCAGGCUGUCAGGAGAGAAUUUUUGUUUCAGUUCGUCUGCGCCCUCUCAAUGAGAAGGAAAUUGCUAGACAUGAUGUAUCAGACUGGGAAUGCAUCAGUGAUAACACAAUCAUAUACCGGAACAGCCUUUCGGUUUCCGAGAGAUCCAUGUACCCAUCAGCCUAUACAUUUGACAGAGUUUUUAGCUCUGAUUGCCCCAAUGAGCAAGUGUAUGAGGCAGGAGCAAAGGAAGUUGCUCUUUCAGUUGUCAGUGGUAUAAACUCAAGUGUUUUUGCUUAUGGACAAACAAGCAGCGGAAAGACAUAUACGAUGAUUGGAAUUACUGAAUAUGCCAUGGCAGAUAUAUAUGACUACAUACAGAGGCACAAGGAAAGAGAGUUUAUCCUGAAGUUCUCUGCUAUGGAGAUUUACAAUGAAUCUGUUAGGGACCUCCUUAGUGCAGACAGCACUCCCCUCAGGCUUCUAGAUGAUCCCGAAAGAGGGACAGUUGUUGAGAAACUCACAGAAGAAACUUUGCGGGGCUGGACUCAUUUUAAGGAGCUUUUAUCUGUGUGUGAAGCUCAAAGACAAAUAGGAGAGACUUCUCUGAAUGAGACAAGCUCUAGAUCCCAUCAAAUUUUGAGGCUGACAAUAGAAAGUUCUGCACGUGAAUUUUUAUGCAAUGACAAUUCUAGCUCCCUUGCAGCCACUGUGAAUUUUGUUGAUCUUGCAGGAAGUGAGCGUGCAUCUCAGACAUUAUCAGCUGGUGCAAGGUUGAAAGAAGGUUGCCAUAUAAAUCGCAGUUUAUUAACACUUGGAACUGUUAUCCGUAAGCUGAGCAAGGGAAGAAAUGGACACAUUCCUUUCAGAGAUUCAAAGCUGACUCGUAUACUUCAGUCUUCCCUAGGAGGCAAUUCUAGAACUGCUAUCAUUUGUACGAUGAGUCCAGCACGAAGCCAUGUUGAACAAUCAAGAAACACCCUCUUGUUUGCAAGUUGUGCUAAAGAAGUGACUACCAACGCACAAGUCAAUGUGGUCGUGUCUGAUAAAGCAUUAGUGAGGCAGUUGCAAAGAGAAUUGGCUAGAUUAGAGAACGAAUUGAGAAGCGCAGGAACAACUUCUAUUUCCUCCGAUUCUGCUGCGUUGCUGAGAGAGAAAGACCUUGAGAUUGGAAAGCUGAAGAACGAGGUAACCAUACUGACUCAGCAAAGAGACCUUGCUCGGUCUGAGGUUAAGGAUCUGCAACAAGUGGUUAACAACAAAUAUCCUGGAUAUGAAAGACCGGCGAAAAUAUGGGCAAGUCCAGACCCUCAGUACCCUAAACUGCGUGUGCGAAAUUCAUGGGACUUCGAGAAUUCAAUCACUGAAACUCCUGUUUUAGCUGUUGGUGGUAGAUCUUGCACCCCUUCAGUUAGAAAAAGCUGCAGUUCUGAAGAGAGCUUCCUCCAGCUUCCCGACUUCAAACUGAAUAUACCGCAUCCCAGUUCCUCCCCACAGCCUUCACCUAAAAUUCCUAAUUUUGUUGGAAGUAAUCUAUGCCAGGAGGAGAAUGGUGAACAUGAUGAAAAUUCAGAGACAAUUUGCAAGGUAGUUCGUUGCAUAGACUCGGGAAGGUCAAGUGUGAAUAGAUAUUCAGGCUCAAACUUGUCAGAGUCUAACCCAAAUAUUUAUCAAAAUUAUAAAAUGUCAUCUCCUAGGGAAAACGCAGCUAUUUUAGGACUGAUGGAUGAUGGUAAUGAAGAUAGACCAAAGGGAGAAUCCAGGUCACUUUAUUUGAAAAACAAUAGCAACCAUCCUGAUAUUGCUAUUCCAUCUCCUGAAAAGCAAUAUUUAUGGCGGCUGAAAGAAGAAAUCUCUAGCUGUAGAAGCUUGAAAUUAACUAGGAGUAGAAGUUGUAAAGCAACUUUUAUGACUGGUUUGGCCUCCCAGUGGAUUGAGAGGGUAGAAAAGGAUGAGAGCACACCUCCCAUAGGGAAUGAGAAAGAUUUCCCUGGAAGACCAGACAGUUUCCAUAGAAAACUUUCUGCAUUGAAGUAUGAUCUUCACAAUGAGGGGCUGUCUAGAAAUGGCUCCCGAAGUUCUUCAACAAGUGCUACUCUUUAUGACCUUAAAGCUCAGAUAUCAAGAAAUGAAUCUCAAAGUUCUUUGACAAGUGCUGCUGGUAUUGAGCUUAAGGCACAGAAUGUCCCAAUUCCAGAGGAUCCGAAUAAUACUGGUUUCUGUACUUCAAUUGGAGGAACACAACUUGCUGAUCAUGCGGUGCAGGUGACGGAGCCCAUUUUACAUGGAAAGACAGUUAAAGACGUCGGCUUGGAUCCAAUACCAGAUGGUUAUGGAAGUCCUUCAGCAUGGCCUUUAGAAUUCAAGAGGCUUCAAAGAGAGAUCAUUGAACUUUGGCAUGCUUGCAAUGUGUCAAUGGUCCACAGGACCUACUUCUUUCUGCUAUUUAAGGGAGAUCCAAAAGAUUAUAUAUACAUGGAGGUGGAACAUAGGAGGCUGUCCUUCCUUAAGAAUGUAUUUUCCCAUGGUAAUCAAACUGUAGAAAAUGGACGAGUCCUUACCCCUGCUUCAAGCAUGAAGGUUUUACGUCGUGAAAGGCACAUGCUGAGUCAGCGGAUGGGCAAGAGACUUUCCAAAGUAGAAAGAGAGAACCUCUUCCUUAAAUGGGGCAUCGGUUUGAACACCAAACACAGGAGGUUGCAGUUGGCUCACCGCUUGUGGAUUGACAGUGAAGACAUGGACCACAUUGCUGAGAGUGCUGUCAUUGUUGCAACGCUGGUUGGCUUUGUGGACCCAGAGAAAGCUUUUAAGGAAAUGUUUGGGCUCAACUUUACACCAGGACAACGCACACACAAGAGACGAUAUAGUUUGAAACGCAGUUUAAUGUCUAUAUUAUAGGUAUUAUAUAUUAUUAUGAUAGUUUAUCAUACAAAAACUGCUCCUGUUUAAUUGAUUCCCCCCACAGUUUAGUUUCUUGUUCACAUAUACAUCUUUUAUUGUUUACAGACUUUGAUUUUGGAUUUUCUGAUUCUGAUUUUAGUAUAAUGCAAAGAGUUUGUAAAUCAAAUCAGGCAAUAACUGAGCGUUGUGGAUGGUGAUAAGCAUGUUGGGAAUAUAGGAGAAGGAUGACGAAGGACUUGUUUGAUUAUUUUCAAAAUGGAAAGUUAAACAUGAUUAGCAUUUAUUUGAUUCAUUCUAAAAGUUUUAAGAUGUGGAUUUCACAAAAUUUGUAGUUUGCUUUGUCUUCCCAUGCCGUACCCGUUUUUAGUUUGAUAGUGUAACGCCGUAAUCUCAAUGAUAUAUUAUAAUAUAUAUAU